AAAUAAACACUUUCUUCAUAAUACACACAAGAAGUAAUCUGCAAUUAUAACGAGCACGUCAAGGAGCAUUCCUGAUCUUAGCAUCAGCGGCAGCCAAAUGAAUCCUCCACCUCCGCCACCGCCUUCAGCUCCAUGCGCCACAGAGCCGUUUCGCAUAACAACAAAUGCACCGCAAAUGCUCGAUGCAAACUUAACCCCUGGGCGAAGAAAGCUUCAGAAGUGGCUGGGACGUGUCCUACGCAUUGUUAUAACGGAUGGACGUGUUUUGGUUGGUUUCUUCAAUUGCACAGAUCGCGAUGCAAACAUUGUGCUGUCCAUGUGCGCCGAGUACUUGGUGGAGGGACAAGAGCCUCGGCUGCUGGGAAACGUGAUGGUGGCCAAGAAGCAUAUCGUCUCGCUGAACAUCGACGAGCCGCGCACAUCGACAAUUCUUUAAGCCAUUCAUACAAAUUCUGUAAGCAUGCAAUAUUACCUAAUGCAAUACAGGCAAUACUCCCACAGUGAGCCC